AAAAGUCAAAGUACGUCUCAGAAGCACCUCUAUCUGCCACCGUAUUAUUCAUGUUAUGAAUCGUGGAGAAUAAAUACGUGUGAAAUACUAGAAAGAAGGAUUACAACGUCAACGUUAUUUAUUAAUUAUUGUGAUGUUUUGUGAAAGUUAUAUCAAGAAUGCCAAUACAGGCACCACAGUGGACUGAAUUCCUCUCUUGUCCCGUUUGCUGUCACGACUUUGAUUCAACAACACGUGGUCCAAUUUCCCUGGGAUGUGGUCACACGAUAUGUCAAACAUGUCUCGCUAAUUUGCAUAGAAAGCAGUGUCCAUUUGACCAGAAUGCGAUUAAGACGGAAAUCGAACGUUUACCAUUGAACGAAGCCCUUCUUCAAUUGGUGGGCAAUGCAGGGCCCUCGCGCUUUAGUUCAGCUCACCUGAAGCUUCUUCCCCCUGAAGAUCAUGCCGACUAUCUCGCGGCAAAGCGUUGCAUUGAAGAAUUGGCUCUUUAUCUCAAGCCAUGCCAAGCAAUACCAGCAAAUGGCACGGGAAUGGGGCUCGUAUCUCGUCCUAUGCAGAGAAAACUCGUUACUUUGGUCGGAUGUCAGUUGGUAGAACCUGAGGGACGUGCUAGAGCUGUCCGGGCAGCUCGCAGCCUGGGGGAGAGAUCUGUAACAGAACUAAUUCUCCAACAUCAGAAUCCUCAGCAACUGAGUGCCAAUUUGUGGGCAGCGGUGAGAGCACGAGGAUGUCAAUUUUUGGGGCCUGCCAUGCAGGAAGAAGUCCUCAAACUCGUGUUGUUGGCACUUGAGGAUGGAUCUGCCUUGUCCAGAAAGGUUUUGGUCAUGUUCGUCGUACAAAGGCUCGAGCCACAUUUUCCUCAGGCCUCCAAGACUAGCAUUGGACAUGUUGUUCAGCUUUUGUAUCGAGCUAGCUGCUUCAAGGUCUCGAAAAGAGAAGGAGACUCAUCGCUUAUGCAACUGAAAGAAGAAUUCAGAACAUAUGAGGCCCUCAGACGAGAACACGACGCUCAGAUAGUUCAAAUAGCAACUGAAGCUGGAUUAAGAAUAGCUCCAGACCAGUGGUCAGCAUUGCUGUACGGAGAUAUUGGUCACAAAUCCCAUAUGCAGAGUAUUAUUGAUAAGCUACAAACACCACAGUCUUUUGCUCAGAGUGUACAGGAACUGCUGAUUGCGUUACAAAGAACACCAGAUCCAGGACAGUUAAGUAGUCUGAGGCCGCAGUUGGAGUUGCUCGCUGCCAUUGACCCAAGUCCAGCAAUGCUUACAGAAACGGAAUUUCCCAGUUGGCCUACAACGACUGCAGUACUAGAGGCAGUAAAAAUUGUUGUAACGGCCCUCGUUGACUACAUACAACAGCAUGGAAGUAGAAAAUCACAGGAGGGCAUUCAUUCGACUGGUCCUGGACAAUCUAAGUACAAAGUCAGUAUGUGUCGCGAUUUAGCACUCAGAGGCUCUUGUCCACGUGCCACUAAUUGUACAUUUGCUCACAGUGAUAUGGAACUUGAUAAAUACAGAUCGAAGAAUCGAAAAUUAAGUAUGAGAUCGAGUUUGCAGUUGAGUGGAAAUCUUGACGGAAAAGUAGAGAAAACCAUAAGCCCACCGGUAAAAGGGUUGAAGCAAUGUGAUGACUUGAAUUACCACUCACCCAAAACAACGGACAAUAAUCGUAUUGACAAUUACAAUUCAAUCAAAGUGAGUGCUCUCCAGCGUUCAGUGAGCAUUGAGAAUAAUUUAAGUGCUUCAAUUCCCAAUUAUGCUGUCCCAAAUGCCCAAUCUAUUGCUGGUAAAAACAUCGAUAUGCAUUACGUCGUCCAUAAUACUGCGAUAGACUACAACAAUCCGAGCAUUUACGUAUGGGAUUCGCAUCAAAUGGCACCUAGUCCGAACAGUCUUCCUAACAACACCAGCAAAAAGCAGAGAUCAGUAGCGAAAACUUUGGCUAUUUUAUUCCAGAGGAGGAUGGAGAUAAUUAAUCAAUUGGGGAAUAUUGUAAGCAAACCGCAUCAAAGUCCGCAUCAGAUUAAAAUGAAUUAUGAUACUCAGGGAGAGGUAAUGCAGGGGAAUUAUUCCAUUUGGGCUAAUGGACCAUCACAAAUAUCUCCUGGCUCGAUUAAUUACGGAAAUAAUUAUCGACGCUCCGAUUUAGUUUUUGAUGACGAAUUUGUGCCACUCGAUGCAUCGCCAGCUAGCAAAUAUGGCCCUAUUUCUAGGCUACCAACAAAAUCAUUGCUCAGGCCCACAAAUGGAGUCCCAGCAAACGGUCUCCACAUUGAGGGAAUGUCUCCGUCAAUUCAAACGAUAAGACAAAUUCCAUCAACAAAUCCUCUAGGCCCGUGGUAUUACAGUCAACAGCCCUACCCAACGAUCGGAGCCAAUUCAGGGAUUACCACAGUCCCCACUUCUGAGAUUAAUGAGACCUAUGUUACGCUUGGACCCUGUAAAUUGGCAGAGUCACCUGCAAACGCUCAGUUAACGAGACAGGACUGCAUGUCGAAGGACUUAAUUCUGGAAUCACAAAAAGUUAAACAACAAUUGAAGCAUCUUGAAAAAAAGAUUAAUGACCUCAAGCUGGCAACACAAGGAGCUGCUUUCAGCGAGGGUGAGAGGCUAGCACAAGAACUUCAAAUGAUUGAGGCUGGAAUUCGAGAGAAGGAGGACGUGAGGAAUUGGACCCCCUAUGGAAAUGUUUCCUGCAUGCAAACUGUUAAUAAUUUGAUGCCGAAUCAGACUGUCAAUCAUCCUAUUGAUAGAGAUUUUAAACCUGAUGAUGAAGAUACCUACGAAGCUGAUAUAGCAAACGAUAUGCGUGAAUUGGAAUUACGCUGGGACUUUGAACUGAAAGAACAAGAGAAACGUUGGUCCGACGAGGAGGACAACGUCAAACAGUUAUAGUAUGGAAUUUCUAUAGUUGUGAAAAAGGUAGACCCAGACGACCGUGAGCUGAGAAAAAAUUGAAAAAAAAAAAGAAAAUUAUGGACUGCAUUGCUUUUAACCCCACAAUAAUAUAUAUAGUACUUAGAAUUUCCGUGGUAUACAGAUCUGCCUCUAAUGGAUGAAAGAAACAAUGUGAUAUUUGACUACUGUUCAUCUCCAACUACUCUGAGACUAAUAUCGUUUUGCUUUGUUUUUUUCAUUUUAUUAAACAAAUUUCUAUUUAAUCUUUGAAUUUCUUUAGACAUUAAUUUUGAUUCGUACACUAAAACUUCUUCAGCUUUGAUUAACUAUAUUGAAAAUCUUUACACGAUUUAAAAAUCAACAUGAAGACAAUUUAGAAUCUCUCAAAGUAAACAAUGAUUCAAUCUCAGGGUCUGUCGGAGAUAUUCAAUAUUUCAUGUGAUCUGUACAGAUUGCCAGGCUGCAUGUGGCUAGAGGACGAAAAAAACGUGAUGAUGACAAAUCUUUUUUAAAUAUGUAUGAAUUUAUUAAAAUUUAACCGAAAAGUGAGUGAUUCAGAAGACGCAAACGAGAUUGAAGUUCCGUCAAUGUUUUUAUAAAGAUGAACAUUAUUAUUUAUUUAUAUUUCUUUGAAUGUCUCGACUAAACAAAUAUCAAUGAUAAUACUCGGGACAAUGUUACUUAAUUGAUUAUUGUUGUUACUGGGAUUGCAGCCAAUCAGAGUGCGCAGUACAUGAGGCUGCCAAACAAAAUUUUGUUGGAUAUUUUCUCAAAGUUUUCAUCGCAUAUUCUUUAGUAGCUUUUUAAAUAUCUCUCAUCUUUCAAUGUGGUUUACGUUGACGAUUCUGUAUGACAGAUAAAACAUAGUCGAUUAUUCUCAACACGAUUGAAUAAUGUUACUCUAGAGGAUUUUCUUAUUUUUUUAUAAUCAUGAAUUAACGAAUGGUAAUGUGAGGACAGCUUUUGACUUUAUAGUUGUAAAUGUAUUUGCAUGCAGUAGCACACUCCGCUUGGUCGAAAUCCGAGUAGAUGAAUAAUCUGUCAAAUACCACUCGUACUCCGAAAUUAAUCGCAUAUUUUUUUCAAGCCUUGUAGGCUAAAGAUCCCGAAUGCGAAGCACUGGUGGUAGCACUACUGGAAAUUCGUGGUUUGCGACAAGAAUUGGCAUUUAAAAUUAAUAACUAAUGAUAAAUUAACAUUUGACAUUGAUAUAAGGUAAAAAAAAUUUUCACUUUAUUUCUAAUUGUUAUUAUUUUAUUGAUGAUUGUAGAUGUAAUUGCCGAUGCAAGAUCUAGUUGAAUAUCCGGUUUUUUUUCAUUGAUUGUUGUUCACAUCUAUUAGUAUAUUACGCUAGGAGGGGGUUAAUUUUAUUGUUACGUGUGUGAAGUUAACAAACCGCGUGAAAUAGUAUUUUUCAUUCCUAGGACGGAAAAAGUGAAUAAUUUUUUUUGGCCAUGGCUAUGAUGUUAUUUUAUAAUAUCAUGGUUGUGGCCGAAAAGGUGUUUUAUCGGCCUCAAUGACAUAAAAUAAAAUUAACGCCCGAGUAGCGCACGUUAUUACAAAUUUCAGAGUGCAGGAAUCGGCCAAUUACUUCCUGUGUGUAAUCGGCCAGUUACUGCACGCUGAAAUGUAGAAAUAAGGUGCAUUGCAAUAACGUUUGAAUUUAUAAUAUAAUUUCCAAUGACUAUGUAACGGUAAUACUUAUAGCAUCAAUAUUGAGAAAUUCCAGUUUUAUUGGAAAGUAUCAUGUAGAUUCAUGGGGAGGAAUUGAGAGUAGUGGAAAGUAACGUUUCCUUUAACUAUAUUCUUAUUGAUACCUUACUUUGUUAUUUUAUAGAAAAAUUGUUUUUAUCAAAGUGGUCACCAUGGAGAAUUACAUAAACAAAUUUUAUGAUGUGGAUUCAAUGAAUUCAAGAAUUGGCGAUUGGAAGAAACACUAAUUAUUCAAUUUUCGAGAUGUAAAUAUUUUUGGAAUUGAACAAUUAUCGUUCUAGAAUAGUCAUGGUGCAAUUCAGAAUAUUAGUUUUUUCUUCUGAAAUUAUGAAUCCGUUUUAAAAAUUAAGCUUUGAUUAUAUUUUUGUUUAAUUUAUCAGAGGAUAUAAAAGGAAACAUGGCAAUUUGAAUAAUUGUUACGACGCAUGAUACUCGAAUAAUAAAAGAAUACAGAGUUGAUGAGUUUGAGUUGUUGGCUAUAUCUCCUAUCGAAAUUCAGCAGUGAAAUGGCAAAUCACAAUGAAUCAAAUAUGAUUUUAUGCAUUCCAUGGCAAAUAAAGUAUUUUUCGACUUGUAUGAUUGUAAUAUCAUUUUUUUCAGAAAAUACUUUAUUGUUAGGCCUACGCCAUGUUAGGCCAUGUGUUCUGCUGUUUUUGUAUCACGUAAAAUAUGCAAUUAUUUGGAAUACGAUUGAUUAUAUGCUAAGAUGUUAAAUGAGUUUGUUCGUUGGAAAAUUUCUCAGUUACACAUAAAAAGUAACGACAUUUUAUUUUAAAAGCGCUUGCUUUUCGAAUUUGGUACUUGAAGGAAGAUAUUUUGAAUCAUUACGCUUGAUCAAUUAAUUACAGAAUACGAUAACGGAUAUGAACAUGAAAGCAAAAGAAGAAAGGUCAAUGAAUUUAUUUACAAAUGAGGUGGAAGAUGAAAGGGCUGUGUACAAUGUGGAAGUAAUAAGUGCAACGUUAACGUUUGUGCUAGCUUCAGAAUUAAUUGCAUGUUAAACAUGUCACUAUAUAGGUGUAUUGAAGGAUAUAGCAUACACAAGCAAUACCUAUUGUCAAUGGUAUGAAAAUUUUCACACUUGAAAACAAAGAACAAUUGCGUUGUUUGUUUUUAACUCUUAACACAUUAAAAAUAAUAAAUAAUUAUAUACAUAUCCGUAUAUAAUUCAUAUAAGCCAGUACACUUGAAGUUUAUAUUAUUUAUGGGAACAGUUUGAAAGGAAGGAAGACAUUUUUUAAAAUGAUUUUUCAUUUACUAAAACCACCUUAUUACUACGUGCAUUGGUUGCAAGUAGAGACACUGAAAAGUCGAACGAAUAAUUGUACCAAAAUAAUAAACAUUAAGAAUUUUCUCAAUUUUAUAAAGAAAGAAGUAAUGAUGAACAAGUAAUUGAGUUAAUUGUUAUAAACUAACGAAAUAUUCUUGAAACGAGUAUGCAUGCGCCAUACGAAGCCAAUUAAUUGUUAUGCGCUCUGCAGGAAACUAUUCUUUCUCAAUCGAUGUCAAGUCUAAAGAAUGUGCCUACUUUUUGUCUAUAACUGACAUUGUCAUUUUUUCAUAACUACUACAUAGGGCUUACACGUUACAAAAAUGAAAUGCAUCUAAUUGUUUUUGUCCGUCGGUUUAUGUCUGUAAUCGAGUCAACCAUUUUUCCGGUGUAUAUUUAAAAAAAAAACAACUUGAUAGAUUGUAGAAAUGUAAUGUUUGGAAGUAUAAAAAGAAAAGUGUAAAAUUUCUGUAUUUUACAAACAAGUGUACUUGUAUAUUUAUAUACUCAAUAAAAUAAUUCUGAAUAACAUAA